CGUGUGACGUCACAGACACCUAUUCAGCCGCAUAAUAUGGCGUCAAAGCAGGUGACAGGUGUAGGCUUCCCUUGGGGAGUUUUCCAGGAUUGGCCUUGGCGCAAGGUAUUUCCCGUGUCAGAAUCCCAGGUACAAAAAGACAUCUCACCCUUUUGCGCAUCGUGUAACGGUUUGCUUUUGAGCAAGGCAAGCAGGUCUCUGGUAUGGCAUCCAACACUGUUCUUCUCCUGGUGGGAGUUUGCUGCUGCGUUCUGGUCGGCGUAGCACACGGACAGUCAUGCAUUGACGUGAGGCUCCCGAACAUACUCGGACUUGGAAAUUGUUUGAACGGCUCUUUGAGGAACUGUCGCCUGAAUUUGGACGAGGCCGUUCCACCAGUGGUGCCCCUUGCUGAAUGUUUAAUUGGAGGCCUAGCAGACACUCUCAAUCCGAUUCCCCUGCUGUACAACCUCAGGGAUGUUCUUGGCACGGUGCUUCAACGACUUGGCGUUUCUGUGAGCAUCAAUCCCGUGCUGAAUUUCCUCUGCAGUCCUCUGGGCAUCAACCUGCUGAACUGCGAAGCAGUUGGCUUCAGGGGAGUGUGUGGAUCUCCCAUAUCUGUCAGCUUACCCAGUGCACUGAACGUGGGAGAGUGUCUCAACCGGACCUUGGUCUUCUGCGAAGCGGGAGAACGCGUCACGGAACCCGUCGUGUCUGGACUGACAGGAGCUCUGACUUGCCUGCUUAACGGAAACCGUUCCGAGGAAGGCCAGGACGCGGCGCUUCGUGGAGUUGGCUGCGCUCUGCUACGAACCCUGGAAAACCUCGUGGGAGAAACGUUGGUUCUGCUUCCGUUUCAAGGAGCCCCGAGAUCUCCGACGAGGCUGGUGACGGCCCUGGCGAAUCAGCUUGGCGUCGAACUGCCUUCCUGCGACACCGACGACGACUAGCUACUACUGAAGCGCCUCACAAACAAAAAUCCAGGAUCUCCAGCACCUCGAAGGAGCUGUGACAAUUCACCCCCUGAAGUUCACGAUUCUUAGUGAUCAGAUAGCUACCUGCUAUGAUGAAAAGAAAUUAAACAGAGAUUAUACCAAGUA